AUGGUUCAAGAUUGCAGUCGCACCAAACAGAAUUUCGAUUCAAACAAACAUGGUAACAUAAUGUUUCUCCCUCCGUUACUGCCACCAAAACCUUCCAUUAACCGCAAAUCUAUAACUCCAUCUCUUGCUCUCUUCUUCACACUUCCAGACCCACCUCAACCAAACCAACGCCCACAACCUGCACUCGAAGAACACCGCCAAAAUGAGAGCAUAUCCAACAGGUGCUACUGGACCAAAAAGAUCCACAAGCUCUGUGUCAUCGACCGCAACGUCGACCAGGCCCUUAACCUUCUUGACCAUCUUCGUCUUCGCGGUUACCGCCCCGACUACCUCAACAUCGGCAGCAUAAUUCACGCACUGUGCGACGCCCACCGUUUCUCCGAAGCUCACAAUCGUUUUGUUCUCUCUCUUACUUCGAAUUGCAUACCCGAUGAGCGAACAUGCAACGUACUCAUCGCUCGGUUACUGGAUGCAAGAACCCCAUUUGGUACAUUGCAUGUUAUUCAUUGUUUGAUCAAAGAAAAGCCCGAGUUUGUGACUUCUUUGAUGAAUUAUAACCGUUUGAUUGAUCAAAUGUGCUGGUUCUCGAAGCUCAUUGAAGCUCACGGGUUGUUUUUUGAUAUGAAAACUAGGGGACAUAGUCCAAACACAGUUUCAUACACUACUCUCAUCAAUGGGUACUGUAAAGUUGGUGAAGUGGGUACUGCUCAGAAGUUGCUUGAUGAAAUGUCUGAAUGUGGAGUGAGACCGAAUUCACUUACAUACAGUGUUUUCAUUCGUGGGAUUCUUCGAAAACACGACGUUGAACAUGGAAAAAAGCUAAUAAGUAAGCUUUGGGAGGUGAUGGUGGAUGAAGAUGAUCAGUCUGUGAACAAUUUGGCUUUUGGGAAUUUAAUUGACUGUUUGUGUAGAGAAGGAUUGUUUCAUGAGGUUUUCAAGAUUGCUGAGGACAUGCCUCAAGGGAAGAGUGUCUUUGACGAGUUUGCUUACGGGCAAAUGAUAGAUUCAUUUUGUAGAUAUGGAAGAUACAAUGGGGCUGCAAGGAUUGUUUACAUGAUGAGGAAGAGAGGGUGUACGCCGAGCUUAGUGGCGUAUAAUUCUAUUGUCCAUGGGCUCAGCGAGGAUGAUUGUAUGAGGGCUUAUCAAUUGUUGGAAGAAGGGAAAAAGUUCGGGUACUUGCCCUCGGAGUUUACUUACAAGGUUUUGAUGGAGGGUCUUUGCAGAGAAUGCGACCUUUGCAAGGCCAGAGAAGUUCUUAAAAUCAUGUUGAAUAAGAAAGGUGUGGAUAAAACUAGAAUUUACAAUAUAUAUUUGAGGGCCCUUUCUCUUACGAAUAACUCGACUGAGCUUCUUAAUGUACUUGUUUUCAUGCUUCAGACUGAAUGCCAGCCUGAUGUUAUUACCCUCAACACAGUUAUCAAUGGUUUCUGCAAGAUGGGGAGAAUUGAAGAGUCUUUAAAAGUAUUUCAUGAUAUGAUGACUGGGAAGUUCUGUCCACCUGAUGUGGUGACCUUCACUGCUAUUAUAUGUGGGUUGUUGAAGACUGGAAGAACCGAAGAAGCUUUUGAUCUAUUGCAUAAUGUUAUGCCUAAGAAGGGUCUUAGUCCUGGUGUUGUGACUUAUAAUGCAGUUAUCCGAGGCUUGUUUCGAUUACAUCGAGCAGAUGAUGCUAUGGAGGUUUUUAAUGGCAUGGCGAGGGGUGGUGUGGUUGCCAACAGUACUACGUACACAAUUAUAAUUGAUGGAUUAUGCGAGUCUGACCAAAUACCUGAAGCUAAGAGGCUUUGGGAUGAGGUUAUCUGGACCUCAAAGGUCCAUGAUAAUUUUGUCUAUGCAGCUAUUCUUAAAUGGCUCUGUCGCUCUGGAAAAUUUAAUGAGGCUUCUGAUUUUCUAUAUGAAUUGGUAGAUUGUGGGGUAACUCCCAACGUUGUAAACUAUAACAUUGUGAUCGAUGGUGCUUGCAAAUUAGGUCUGAAGAGAGAAGCUUAUCAGAUUCUGGGAGAAAUGAGAAAUAAUGGGGUGGUUCCAGAUGCUGUAACAUGGAGGAUUCUUGACAAAUUACAUGGCAAUGUGAAGAGGUUUUGUGCUAAGGAUUUAACUUAUAAAUCCAACAACGAGGGUUCCACAGAAGAUGCUGGCUCAUUUGGAAGAACUAGAGGUUUAUUUGCUUGGGUCAUACGUAGAAAUAAGAAUUGUGAUGGUUUUGCAAAGAAUGCAAUCUUUGAAUUCAGCAGCCAUGAUAUGGACAUUAGAUGGGCUGCUGAUAGAUUCUCCAAGAAGCAAGGAAUUGCUUAUGUCAAUUAUGAUCAACUUGCUUUUGUAUCAUCACUGUAA